AUGCUCCCCGUCAAGUACCUAGUGGCGAUCGUCGCUGCUUGUGCCUCGCACACGUGCGUAGUGAACGGUGGGGGCUAUCAUGGUAUAGUCCAGGAAGAGUUGGUACCUACGCAGACCCAAGUGGAGACGCCGUGCCCUGAGAUCAAACCUCUUGUAGUCGAGACCGACGUACAUGCGCUGAAUUCGACAGCGACGCUGCACCCUGAGCUGGUUGCAGAGGUCCCGACGCAAGGAGAAGAGCACGUUCCGGUGCAAACCGAUGUGGCCACUUUACCUGACUUGCCCGCUCCUACUCUUCACGCAGACGUAGAAAGCGGGACGCCAAUGGUGGAACAACCCACACAGGAUGGAGAGCAUGUCGAGGUGCAAGUUGAUGUGACCCCUUGUCCUGAGUUGCCUGUACCUACUCUUCAUGUCGACGUGGAGAGCGAGACGCCAAUGGUGGAAGUACCGACGCAGGAUGGAGAGCAUGUCGAGGUGCAAGUUGAUGUGACCCCUUGUCCUGAGUUGCCUGUACCUACUCUUCAUGUCGACGUGGAGAGCGAGACGCCAAUGGUGGAAGUACCGACGCAGGAUGGAGAGCAUGUCGAGGUGCAAGUUGAUGUGGCUCCCGAAUUGCCCGUACCUCCAAUCCAAACGCAGACUGACGCAGAGACCCCCGUGAUGGAAACGCCCGUGCAUGAGGAAGAGCACGUUGGGGUGCAACCCGAGACUCCGGAUCCGGAUGUGGCUUUGGUGCCAGAGACAUCACCUCUUCAAACAGAGGAUACGUCAGUGCCGGAAACAGUGCGCGAAGAAACGGUCGGAGAGUACCCGAUCCCUGCACCAAUGGUCCCGUGUCCGGCAUUCACGUUGGUACCAGAGACGGCGCCUGAAGAGAUGAUCGGGGAAUACGCGACACCGGCGAUGGAGACGCCGUGUCCAGUGUUCACGUUGGUACCCGAACUGGAGCCUUCUCGUGUCGAGACAACAAUUGAGGCGCACCCGGACCUGACGCACGUCCAGCAAGAAACUUCACCUGAAUCAGACACGCCCAUGACUGGUGACGUCCUGGAGCCUCACUUUACUGGAGCCCAAGUGGGAAACUCGGGCACAGAGCAGACGGAUGAAGUGGUUGUGGUGGAAGACAGCACGGGCCCAAUGCAGUUGGCGAUGGACCAAAUGGAUCAAAGCGCGAGCCCAAUGCAGUCGGCAAUGGACCAAGUGGAUCAAAGCGCGAGCCCAAUGCAGUCGGCGGUGGACCAAGUGGAUCAAAGCACGAGCCCAAUGCAGUCGGCGAUGGACCCAACGGAUCAAAGCACGGGUUUCUUCGAUACCGGAGUCGAUGCCAUUGUUGAGACUCCGGAGGACGUGGCAGAUGCCAUCACGGCUGACCCGACGGAUAUCAUCACGACCAACUGA